AUGACGCGAGCAGGUGCGGUCGCGCGUGUGUGGGCGCGGCCAGAGGCGGCCAAGGCGCGGUCAGGCGCGGGCGAGGCCGUAGGCAGAGGAAGGGGCGGCGGCAGCGUGAGCGGAGGGCAGGAAACAGCAGCAGUAGCAACGUCGGUUGCGGGUCGCGGUGAGCAGCAGUGGGGAGCGCGGCGCGGACGGGGCUGUGCCGGAGCGGCCACGGGCGACGGCUACGUCGGGUGGCAACGGAAGCAGCGGGCGGCCGCGGGCGCGCGCGCUGGACGAGCAGGGGCGACCAAUCGGCGCUGGGGGGAUGCGGACGAGGCCGUGGGGCACGGCGAGGGGGGAGUGGGCAGUGGGCGUGCGAGUGAGGCGAGCGGGCGGUAG